AUGCUUUUAUCAUUAGUAAUUACUGAUCCUUAUUUUACUCGUUUCCCAUUCUCAGAGAUAAUUCAAUAUACUAGUUCAUCUCUAUGUCUGCCUAGAAUAAUAAAAGCUCCUCUAAAAUUCUUUAAUCGUUCAAAUGAAACUGUUUAUGCCAUAUGGAAUACAAUAGCAGGUGGCAAUAGUUCACCAAUAUUAACUAAUGAAAUUGUGGAUAUAUAUUAUCCUGAUAAUUCUCCAGACGCCUUAUUCGAUUAUUAUAUGACCACCGAGUAUACAAAUUACGGAAGCUGUAGUAGCAGUUACUUAUCUAUGUUGAUAACAUGUGGCGAAAAUACUGGUUGGUAUUUAACAUUGGACAAUAGCUUCUUCAGUCUAGUAGCAUUUUCUGUGGGUACAAAUACGAACUAUCCACAACGUGAUCCAUUGACAAUCACUAUUGAAGGUAGUAAUUUGUAUGGAAAUGAACUUAUCUUUGGAUGGAGCUGGACGUUAAUCUAUAAUGGUAGUACAGGACUUAAAUACAGUCCAGGAAGAUCAACGUUAGGAGUAUUGCAAACAAUUCCUUAUUUUCCAAUACCAUUCGCAAAUUAUCGUGUUCUGGUUACUUCAAAGAGAGGCAUUGAAACUUGUACAUCAUACACAGAAUUCAUGAUGAUUGGCUAUUGA